AAAUUGAACAUUAAACAAAGUUUGAUACGAUAAAAAAUUGGAAUUGCUGUUGCACUAGUUGAGAAAAAUAAUAAUGUCUAAUGGUAAGCAACAUUUCAAGGUUUGCUUUUGCUGGUCAAGAGUAUUCAAAGUGAGGGGAGGUGAAAUUCCAGAAGAUAUUAAAAAAGUAUUUGAAUCAUACUCAAUGAAUGAAAUUAUGAGUAGGGAUAAUUUGAUUAGUUUUCUGGAGAAAGAACAGAAUGAGGUGAUCAAUGUUACAAAAAAAGCCCAAAAUAUAUUCAAUAGCAAACAUCUCAAUGUUGUUCAUAGAAAGGGAUUGACUCUUGAAGCUUUCUUUAAAUUUCUUCUUGGUGAUAAAAAUUUUGUUCAUCAGUCUAAGGUCCAUCAAAAUAUGGAUGCUCCCUUAUCCCAUUAUUAUAUAUACACAGGCCAUAACUCGUAUUUAACUGGAAAUCAGCUCAGUAGUGAUUGCAGUAUUGAACCAAUUAAGAAGGCCUUAAAGAAAGGAGUUAGAGUGAUUGAAUUGGACCUUUGGCCUAAUAUCACAAAAGAUGAUAUCGAUGUUUGUCAUGGAGGGACACUAACAACACCUGUUAAACUAGGCAAAUGUUUGAAAGCCAUAAAGGAAGAUGCCUUCUCAUUUUCUGAAUAUCCUGUUAUACUCACUUUUGAAGACCACCUACAUCCUUACCCAUACCUUCAAGAAAAAGUAGCUCAGAUGGUGAAGAGCACAUUUGGGUCGAUGUUGUUCAUCCCAAAAUCAGAUAUGGACGUGUUCCCUUCACCAAACAAGUUAAUGAAAAGAAUCUUAAUUUCGACGAAACCACCACCAAAAAAUAACCCUGAAGAAUCAGACAAUUCUAAGAUUUCACCAACUCAGAGAGGACGUUCAGAGAAUGGACUUAACAAUCAUAUUCAGUACCAGCAGCAAAUACAAUUAGAGGAGGGAGAUGAAGACGAAGUUCCCAAAUAUAGAGAUUUGAUUGCAAUCCAUGCCACGAAGCACAAAGGUGGUAUGGAAAAUUUUGGAAGCCAUGGAAGUUCUAAUAAAGUUGGACGUUGUAGCAUGAAUGAACUAGCCCUUGAAGACGCUGUAGCUGAACAUAGCCAUCAACUUAUCCGAUUUACACAACGAAAUAUUCUAAGGGUGUACCCAAAGGGUGCACGCGUUGAUUCAUCAAACUAUGAUCCUCUAAUUGCAUGGCUGCGUGGAGCACAGAUGGUUGCAUUUAACAUGCAGGGAUACGGUAGGUUUCUAUGGAUGAUGCAAGGAUUUUUUCGAGCCAACGGAGGCUGUGGCUAUGUGAAAAAACCAGAUUUCUUACUAAGUAAUGAUGGAGUAUGUGACGAAGUUUUCAAUUCAAUGGCCUUGCCAAUAAAAAAAACUCUCAAGGUAAAAAUAUACAUGGGAGAAGGUUGGCGUGCAGAUUUCCACUUUAGACACUUUGAUUAUUGCUCCCCUCCAGACUUCUAUGUCAGGGUUGGAAUGGUAGGAGUACCUGCGGAUACUAAUAAAAUGCGCAAAACAAAGACAGUGAACGAUCAAUGGAUACCAAUAUGGAAUGAGAACGAAGAAUUUGAAUUUCCAAUUCGUGUACCAGAACUAGCAUUGCUUCGGAUUGAUGUUAAAGAUUAUGAUCCAUCUGGUGAAGAUGAAUUUGCAGGACAAACAUGUUUGCCUGUUUCUGAGCUGAGGACUGGGAUUCGAUGUGUUCCAUUGUAUAAUCGCAGAGGAGAUGUCUACAGAUCAGUAAAACUUCUCAUGCGUUUCGACUUCAGUACUCCGUUAAUUAAUUAA